AUGAUCUCCCCAGACUCGAAAUUUGUGGGUGAAGCUCUCGAACAGAAGGAUGUUAGGACUGUAUUUGUCUCGGCGAAGGAAGACAACGAAGAACGCGAAAACCGGGUAGUCUUAUUGUUAGGACCAACAAGUUCUCAAAAGUCAGAACUUAUCGAUUUUUUGUGUAAUUAUUUUUAUGGAGUGGAUUCAAUGGAUCAAAGGAGAUUUCACAUUUCCAAUGAAAAAUUCAACUCGGAAACUCCUACAAAACCUGUACAGUGCUAUAUUUUUAACGAAACAAAAAUGUCGGUUCGUCCUGUAAUUCUGGAUAUGAUCGCGUGUGGAGAUACAUAUGAUGGUUUCGAUUCGCCAUCUUUAAUACAUAAAUGGCUUCUUAACAAUUGGAAGAUGAGACUGGACGUUAUUGCAAUUGUGUUCUCACAGUUGCACAGAAUGAGCAUGCACGAAGAAGACGAACUGCAACAGGUUCUCUCCAAUCUUCCAGAACAUGUACGCAACAGUAUUGUUGUGUUCAUCACAGCGUCCGACGGCUCCAGAACUUUCGAGCCUCUUUUACGAAGAUUCGGUUUAUCAGAGUGUCCCAAGUUCACUAUCAACACGUCUUGUACAUUUCAAAAACAAAUGGAAGAUCGGCUGAAUGACGAACAUCGGAGGAGAUAUUGGAAAAUGUCUGUAAAUCAAUUCGAUUCUUUCAUGGAGAAAGUACAGGAAACCACCCCAAUCACAAUCUCGGGUCUCCCAUUUGUGGAUGAUGGUAUCUAUGGAGUUCAGGAGUCUGGACAAAACUCGUCAAGAAGCAGUGUUUACUCCUCUAGCAAAUCCACAGUUAUCGAAGUGGAGCAAAGCUCGAGGCAACAACAAGUUGGCCGACCGACGGAAUCACCACCUCUACCACCUCCCCCACUUCCACUAUCCAAUCCACCUGCCAAACCAACACCCCCACCUCCACCACCAAAGCCGACAAUUCGUCCGCCACCUAUUCCGGCAUCUCCGCCUCCAAGACCGCCGGCAAGUGAGCCUGUUGGCAUACCGCUGUACAGUGAGAAGCAGCAUCAACAACAACUUCGUCCAACGACGGCCGUCUCGCCGCCAAAGCCUCCAAGUUUCGCGCCGCCUGUACCGCCUGCUGCUGCUCUAAUCACUGACACUUCGACCACCACAAACGCUCUAACAAACGCCAUGUUCGAACAAUUGAAGCAGUCUAGCGUCCGAUACGACUACGUCCCAUAUAAAAGUGAUCAUAGAUCCUUCACUCAAAACACUCAACCUUCACCAUUGCCACCAGCAGGAGUCGGAGACAGGCGACACAGCGUACCAGACGACGUUCGACAUUACGCUGACGAGACAACUCCGCCGCCCGUGCUACACGACGUUGCCGACAGAUACUCAACUGUGGCUUAUAUGAACCACGAGCCGACCCACAAUUCAACACGAGUAUACUCCCAUUCUCCAACAAGAAGUCAGGUCGGAGUACGUGACGCGCACCGUUUGAGUCGAGACGAUCUUCGCGUGGUUGAUGCACAAAGUAGUCCCGCUGACUCACAAUCGGAAGAACUGAGAAGAAUGUACUCGGGGCGCAGUGGAAAUUCUGUCAAGCCCACCGGCGAUGUUACUGCACGUUACGUUUACGACACGGCUAAUCGUAAUUAUACGGCCUAUGGGGAAAGACAAGCAAGAGAGUCAUAUACCUCCUUCACUAAUAAUGAUAGAAAACGAUGGUCAAGGUCUUCCGAACCUCGAAGUGAAACUUACAUAAAUGACCCGUACUACUCUGGAAAAGACGUUGUCUCUGGUUAUGGUGUCAUCGAGACUCGCAGAAGUCGUACCAGUCUCCACAGUCACGGCAGUGUCCCAGAACUUAUUCACUCGGAGAACAAAUAUGACUAUCAGCAACUUACUGAUCAACAAAAUCGAGAAAUGGAACGGAAAUCGCGUUUGGACACUGAACGCCGCAGCAGACGGCAAUCAGAAGGUUCCCGCCAAAUCUACAUUGAUCGUCAAAUUUCCCCGGAAAGACAAAGAAAAGAUCAAUACUCUGGUACUUAUACUAAUGUGAACAUGCAGGAUAAUCCGCAGUAUAGCAUCAGAAGAGAGGUCCCGCCACCUGUGAUUCCACCAAAGCCACAAGUUGUUCCACAUGUUCAGAGAGUUAAUGGUGGCGAAGUCUAUGAAGACGAGAGAUCAAUCUAUGAGGCGUAUAGCCAAAUCCAACACCAACGUCCUCAACCACCAAUCUACGGCGGGCAAACCUUACAACCCAUUCCACCACCACCACAACCACAACCAAUCCCACAGCAGUAUCCUCCACGUUAUGACCAGGUUCCAGACCAAUCAAUUUCGAAUCACUACAUCAUUCCAAAGUCGAUGCGCGGCUCGUCUUCUCCGAUACUAGUACGCGUUCAACUUUCGAGCAAAUCCCCAGACUCUGUCCGACGUCAAGUUCAACCGCAGCCACAGCCGCAGCCACAACAACAACAGCAAUACGAAGCUUAUGGAGAAGCUGACUAUGUUUCCAGAAAUUUACCAUUGGGAGUAACCGAGGAAACAACGACAACUACAACUACAACUCGUAAUGAAGAAAUUGAAAGAAAGAGGAGAAAGAAGAAGGAGGAGGAGGAUAGGAAGAAGAGCGAGGAAAUUUAUGUUCCUUAUAAUAACGGCGAACAAGACUAUGAUCGUUACAACAACUAUCGUGAUGCAGAAAAUGCGCUGAUCGAGGAGGAAUACAAUACGAGACACUUGAAGCGUACCACCGAGCAUCCACACAGAAAACAACCUCCACAGAAAAGAGACAACACCAAGGAUCAGCAUAGGGGAGGGAAAAAAUCAAGCCAUCAUCACUCAAGAGAAACUAAACAUCGAAUUGGUUGGUCUCCAUCUAACUACCGUAACCCACGUGACUGUUUCCUUAAUCUUCUAUGUUUCAUUAUUGCUCCACUAGUCAUUAUACUCAUCCUUGUGGUAAUUAUUGUUUUUGUCAUUAUUCAAUAGAAAAACGAAGUUUUUGUGAUCAUUAUAUGUCCAAUUUGUAGUUCUUUGCUAAUUCUCUGUUGAUAACAUGAUAACAAGUCAUGCACUACAAAUACAAAAAAACUUCUGAAUGUUUAAACUUUAAUCCAUGCAUCACUAACUGCCAUAGACAUUUGACAAUUUCUUUCAAUAUAUUUUCGAUGAAUAUUGUGAUACUUUUUGAAUUUUUAUUCUGUUGCAGAAGAUUGUAUUCUGUAUUUUUAUAUUUAAAAUUUUUAUUCUGAAUCACUCAUGAUUUUUUAUUUUCCAAUUUACAUUUACUGAUUAAUUUACUCAUUGUGAAUAAAAGUAUAUGAUUUAUUUG